AUGGAAUACGAUUUAACCAAACAAAUAUGUUCAUUCUUAGAUGCACAUAUGAUGCUUCCAUUAAUUAACUAUCUCAAAGAUACUCAACAAUAUCAAGAGAAUGAAAUUAAUAAAGCAAUGGCAGAUAUUUUAUCACAAACUGGUUGUUGUGAUUAUGCAAUCAAUGCUUAUGAAUCAAUUGGUAGAGAUACAGCACCACUCCAAGCCAAAAAACAAGAAUUGGUUGGAGAACUUAAUAAAUUAAAGGAACAAUGUUCAUUUGUAACUCAAUAUAUUGAAUCAAAGAAACAACAAAAAGAACAACAAAAAGAAUUAAAAGAACAACAAAAAGAACAACAAAAAGAAAAAGAUACAGAUAAAACUACACCAACUACUACAGAUGAAACAACUACCACCACCACUACAGCACCAACCACCACCACUACUACAACAACAACAACUAUUACACCAAUUACAGUUAUUCCAUUUUCACAAUUAUUAGAGAAAAUUACACCAGAAAUUUUAGAUAGUAUAUAUAGAUUUUCAAAAUUAUUAUUUGAGAUUGGACAAUAUGGAUCAGCAAGAGAACAUUUAGAGAUUUUCCUUCAAUUAUCACCAACCCAUCAAAAUAAAGACAAGAGAUUAUCAGCAUUAUGGGGUAUCCUCGAAUCAGAUAUCCUCUCAUUGAAUUGGGGUCAAGCAGUUGGUGACAUUUCACCAUUACAAGAUCAAAUCGAUUCCAAUGGUACACCAGUUGAACAAUUGGGUCAAAGAGCAUGGUUAAUUCAUCGUGCACUCUUUGUCUACUUUUACAACCCAGAAUCACGUUCAUCAUUGGUUGAUUUACUCUUGGAGGAUAAAUAUUUAAAUGCCAUUCAAACCACUUGUCCACACAUUCUUCGUUAUCUCGCCGUUGCCAUCAUUGUCAAUAAAAAGAAACAACAAUCAAAUGUUUUCCAACGUAUUUUAAAUGCACUCGUACGUGUCGUCGAACAAGAAGCUUACGUCUAUCGUGAUCCAAUCACUCAAUUCAUCUCUAGUCUCUUUGUCAAAUUCAACUUUGAAGAUGCUCAAGCUCAACUCAUUCUCUGUGAAAAAGUUUUGAAAAAUGAUUUCUUCCUCAAUACCUGUGUCGAUGAAUUCAUGGAAAAUGCUCGUGUUUGUGUCUUUGAAACUUAUUGUAAUAUUUUAGAAUCAAUUGAUAUUGAUAUGUUAUGCAAAAAUUUAAGAAUUGAUCCAGAAUCAUCAGAGAAAUGGAUCGUUGAAGCAAUUAGAAAUACUAGAUUCUCUGCAAAGAUUGAUUCAGCAAAUAAUCAAAUUAAAAUGUUUACUCAACAUAAUUCCUAUCGUCAAGUUAUGGAUAAGACAAAAGCAUUAUUUAAUCGUGGUAUCGAAAUGGUCGUAGGUAUCAAUGAAUCUAGAAGUCAACAAAAUAGAAAAGGUGGUGAUAACCGUAAGAAUCAACGUGGUCAAAAUAGAAAUCAACAAAAUCAACAAAACCAACAAUCUAAUGAAUCAAAUGAAACAACAACAACAACAACAACUGCAGCAGCAGCAACAACAACAACUACUACAACUGCAACUCCAACUUCCGCUUAA